AUGGCUCGAACAGAAACAUCAAAUUUUAGCCAUUCAACACCAAUAAACACAUUAACUUCAUCAGUUACAUCACGUUCAUGUAAUAAUCAAGUGAAUAUAGCAAAAGAUCAAAUUCAACGUAGUGAUAUUGUUAAAACAGAAUUUACAGCGCGAGAAGGUACAUAUAAAAUAUCUUCAAUUAUUGAUAACCUUGGAAAAUUCGGUACAAAUACAUGUUUAAAUGAACCGGUUAAAAUAACAUUGAUGACUCGAAUACAAACAAUUACUGAUUCGAAUAGUCAAACGAGUUCAAGACGUUCAUCAACAUUAAAUAAUACUAGUAAUAAUCAUGAUUCAAUACAACCUAAUCUAGAUAAUCAAUCAAAUGAAAAUUCAAAUGAAAGAAGACCUUCAUCAAUAUUAAAUGAAAUUGAUAUAAAUCAACAAAAUGGAAAUUUAAUUGUAACAGAAAUAUUAGCAUUUAAUGUUGGAAGAGAAUUGAUUAUUUAUGAAUUUGCUGAAGCAACACAGCCGAAUUUUGGUGAACCAAUUGAUCAUCGUAUUUAUAAACAAAAUCAUCAACCAACAUGUCAUGAUAUAAUGCAACAGCCUGAUACAAAUAUUUUGCAUAUACUUGUUGGUUUUUCUAAAGGACAAAUACAAUAUAUAAAUACAUACACAAAAGAACAAAAAGUAUUUAAUGAAGGAAGUUAUUUGGAUAAAACAAAAGUAACAUGUAUUAAAUGGUUAUCAUCACCAAAAACAUAUUUUGCUGUAUCAUACUCAAGCGGUUAUUUGUAUAUAUUUGAUGAACAACUUAAUUAUCAACGUGAUACAACUAUUCAACCGACAUAUACAACAAUAAAAGAUGAUGAAAAGAAUUUUUCCAUAUCUUAUUUAAAAAGUAAAACAAAACAAGCACGUAAUCCUGUAUCACGUUGGUCGAUUGGUAGUGGAAGUAUUAAUGAAUUUGCUUUUUCUCCUGAUCAUAUUUUACUAGCUGUUGUAUCACAAGAUGGAUUUCUACGAAUAUUUAAUUAUGAAAAAAAAGAAUUAGUUGCUUAUAUGAGAAGUUAUUUUGGUGGUCUUCUUUGCGUAUGUUGGUCACCGGAUGGUAGAUAUCUUGCAACUGGUGGUGAAGAUGAUUUUAUAACGUUAUUUUCUAUUGAUCCUGAAGAACAUUCACCACGUGUUUUAUGUCGUGGAUAUGGUCAUACAUCAUGGAUAAGUGCAAUAUCAUUUGAUCCAUAUAUGAAUGCUAAAACAUAUUAUUCAUCCUUUAUACAAAAAAAUUCAUCAUCAUCAUUAAAUGAUGAUAAUGAUACUUAUUAUAAUAGAAUAUCGAAAUCAAAUUCAUAUACAAAAAGUAAUUCAUCAAUUUUUGAUACAAAUAUUCCAUCAUUAUUUUAUCGUAUUGGUUCAGUUGGACAAGAUAAUCGUUUAUGUUUUUGGGAUAUAACAGAAGAUAUACUUAAAAUAAAUAAAAUCCAUUUAACUAAUAAUAAUAGUACUAAAAACAAUUCAUUAAUUCAUCCAUUAAUAUCAUCAAUGUCAAAUGGUUAUUCAUCACAUUUAUCUGAUACAACAGCAUUAACAUCAACAAAUACAUCAUCUACAACAAGAAAAUCAUCAUUUUCAUCUUUAACAUCACGUUUAGCAUUUUCACGUAAUUCAAAUAAAGUUCACAAAUCUAUUGAUGAUACACCUGAUACUUCAUUAAUAACACUUUCAAAUGGUUCAUCAAAAGGAACAAGAAAAAUACCAUUAUUACCACAUAUGUCAAAUGGUUCUAAAUCCCUAAUAUCAACAAAUGCAACAGUAUCAAAUGAUUCUGGUCAAGCAUCAUUAUCAACAUUAACAAAUAAUAGUUUAUCAUUACGUCGAACAAAUUUUGAUUUAACAAAAAGUACAUUUGGUACAAGUUUAUGUCCACGAUUAGAUGAUAUACAACUUAUUGAACCUAUUGUUACUGAAUUUAUUUCCCAUGAACGUUUAAAUGGAAUUUAUUUUGGUGAAAAUUGUUUAUUUACAUCAUCACAAGAUGGUGUUAUUACAAUAUGGGAAAAACCACAAAAUAUUCUACAGACUACUUCCACUGAUGAUCAAACAACAAAUUUAGCUACUUUAAUCAACAGUAAUUCUCAUCAUUCGGCCAUUUCUCAAUAA